GGGGGGAAGAGGCGUCCACUCAGUGGCAGCAGGUUUGUGAGAGCAGCAGCCAGAGGAGGAGGAGGAGGAGGAAGCAGCGAGGAGGAGGAAUCAGAGCGAGAGAAACCGUGUGGCUGCAGUCAGGAGGGACAUAAACACUGACAGAGGAGGAGAUCCAGAGAGAAGAAAAGACUUCCCCUCCUCACCUCACUGACCCAUGAAAGAAGCCAUGCCAGUUCUCACAGCAGGAGCAGGGCUGCACGAAACGCUGGCCCUGCUGACCUCCCAGCUGAGGCCAGAUGCCAACCAUAAAGAGGACAUGGUCUUCCUCAAAGAUGUCUUCAGUGAGAAGAGUUUGGGAUACCUCAUGAAGAUACACGAGAAGCUGAGACAGUAUGAGAGACAGAGCCCUACACCCGUCCUCCACAGCGCCUCUUCUCUGGCUGAGGAUGUGACGGAGGAGCUGCAAAGUGGACCAAUGAGCACCGAGGAGAAAGAGCUGCUGCACCUGCUGACAUCACCACAUCUCAAGGCCGUCCUCUCGGUGCAUGACACUGUGGCCCAGAAGAACUUUGAUCCUGUGCUGCCGCCUCUGCCAGAUGACUUUGAAGACGAGUUGGAGGAAGAGUCUGUGAAGAUCGUAAGGCUGGUGAAGAACAAGGAGCCUCUGGGAGCAACUAUCAGGCGGGAUGAAGCCACCGGGGCGGUGAUUGUUGCUCGGAUUAUGAGAGGAGGUGCAGCUGAUCGAAGCGGUUUGGUCCAUGUAGGAGAUGAACUCAGGGAAGUUAAUGGAGUCUCUGUGAUCCACAAAAGACCCGAUGAGAUCAGUCAGAUGCUGUCCCAGUCGCAGGGCUCGAUCACUCUAAAAAUAAUCCCAGCCAUCAAAGAGGAAGACAAACUGAGGGAGAGCAAGGUAUUUAUGCGUGCUCUGUUUGACUACAUCCCCGUGGAAGACAAGGCCACGCCCUGCCAAGAGGCAGGCCUUCCCUUUAAACGAGGAGACAUCCUGCAGGUGGUGACGCAGGACGACCCCACGUGGUGGCAGGCCAAGCGAAUGGGAGACAGCAACCUGCGGGCUGGACUCAUCCCCUCCAAACAGUUCCAGGAGAGGCGACUGGCCUACAGGAUGAAAAUGGGCACGCUCCCGAAUCCAAAAUCCCCUAAAAAACCUGUCUCUGAACAUGGAUGUGACAAAGAGGACUGUGACUGUGAGGGCUAUUUCAAUGGACAGUACAUAGUCUCUCCUAAGUGUAAAGCAGUGGCGCCCUCCUGUGGCCAGGUGUUUUCCUGGGAAUUUUAUUCAGCUGGUUUGCGGAGAAGUUUCCGGCUGAGCCGUAAGGACCGACAGGGAUCAACGGGAGAAGGCUCCGAUUCUGGAGACCCAGAGUUCCUGACUUAUGAAGAGGUGACCCGCUAUCAGCAGAGGUCCAAUGAGAGGCCCCGCCUGGUGGUUCUGAUAGGAUCUCUUGGAGCCCGAAUCAAUGAACUCAAACAGCGGGUGAUAGCUGAAAACCCACAUCGUUAUGCUGUAGCUGUUCCACAUACUACCAGGCCGAAGAAACCCCACGAGAAGGAUGGUGUGGAGUACCACUUUGUCACCAAACAGCAGUUUGAUGCCGACGCUUUGAAUAACAAGUUCAUAGAACAUGGGGAGUACAAGGAGAACCAAUAUGGCACCAGUAUAGAAGCGAUUCGCUCCGUACAGGCCAAGAAUAAGAUGUGUAUAGUUGAUGUGCAGCCUGAGGCCCUGAAGAGACUGCGGACAGCAGAGUUCAAGCCGUAUGUUAUAUUUGUCAAACCUCGUGUUCCCGAGAGCAGACGCCGCCGCAGUGCAGCCACGUCACCAGGAGGUGGUGACCAUGGCCGCAUUACAGAUGAGGACCUUCAGGAAAUGCGUCAGUCUGCCAUUCAGAUUGAUCAGCAGUAUGGACACCUGGUGGACCGGGUCCUCAUCAAAGAAGACUCAUCCAGUGCUUGUGCAGAAUUGCGAGGCAUUUUGGAAAGGCUGGAGCGGGAAUCUUUCUGGGUUCCACUCAACUGGAUGCGGACCUAAACAUAACUCUCCUCCUCAAAACCCUUCUAGAGAAACUUCAGUCUUCUAACCCAAGUCUUGCUCUGGUCUUCUGCUAAUGAGCUUAAAUCUCCCCCCAAAGGCUGGCCAAGAGGGUCUGCUGAACACAGGGCUGGUCAGCCAGACCGGCACUGAGGCACCACAGGGAGAUGACGUAUAAUACCUCAAUUUUACAGUAAAGUUGAUCAACCAACUUUCCCAGAUAAUUAGAAGUUUAUUAAGUUACUUAAUGUUUUAUGGAUCUCUUAUUUUCCAACCAAAUUUGAACUGUUAAUUACAAGGAGAUUUCCAAAAAAGUACAAUGCAUCUUGCAAUAAUCGGAGAAAAGGAUUUGUUGUUCAAAUGAAUUCAGUUCCUAGAUUUAGAAAAAAAUACUUGAAGUUAUGCAGUUUUC